CCAGCCGUCCACUGGCCAGAACGCAAAACGCCAUUGUUAAGCAAAGAGGAGAAAACAGAGAUCAAUUGAUCCAUCGGAGAAAAUCGAAAGGGAAAAAAAUGGGAGAAGAUUUAGUGUUGGACACAGCGAUAAGAGACUGGGUAUUAAUACCAUUAUCGGUAGUAAUGGUACUCAUUGGAAUUCUCCGUUACUUCGUCUCUAAGCUCAUGCGUUCUUCUUCUCAAUUAUCAGAUCCUAAAAUCAUCAAAGAAGGGCAGGUUGUAAUUAGGGCAAGGAAUUUGAGAGCUGGAGCAAAUUUUAUUCCGGUUACGUCUUUUCGUGCAAGGAAGUUUUACUAUAGCAACGAGGAAAAUGGACUGCUAUAUGUUCCAAAGGGACAAGCUCAGAAUCCACAGGCACAAAUGUUUUCUGACCCAAACAUGGCUAUGGAUAUGAUGAAGAAGAAUUUAUCAAUGAUCAUACCUCAGACUCUUACCUUUGCAUGGGUCAACUUCUUCUUCUCUGGAUUUGUAGCAGCGAAAAUACCUUUUCCAUUAACUCAGAGAUUCAGGUCAAUGUUGCAAAAUGGCAUUGACUUAAGCACUGUUGAUGUCAGCUACGUCAGCAGUCGCUCAUGGUAUUUCCUCAAUCUGUUCGGAUUAAGGGGUUUGUUCAGCCUCAUUCUUGGAGAAGAAAAUGCAACUGAUGACACUCAACGUAUGAUGCAAAUGAGCGGAUUUGGUUUUGACCCUAGCAAGAGUUUGGGAGCAGAAAAGGAUGGCUUAGAUAUUAUUCAGCAUGAGUGGGCACUUCCUAAAUUUGAACAGCGGGCUGGAGCAGUCUUGCGGAAACUAGUCUACUGAGUAUAUAUUUUUAAUUUGUGUUUCAGCAGCAAACUGGACGACACUUCUUUAUAUCUGGUGAAAACUUCAAUCCUGAAGCAAGGGCAGGUGAACAUAAUGUUUGAGUAAGAAGAACUAGCUUAGCUUCUUUACAAGCGAAGGAAUUGAGUCUAGAGGAAACAAGUUAACUAAGAAUGUAGAUUUAAAAUCUCUCUCAAUUUCAGCUGUGCAGCAUUUUGCUUGCUGACUGCUGCACCGAGGUGGCCUACAGCCGGUGACAUUGGUUGAUUCCACCGUGGUAACUUUGAUACUUAUUUAGUUGUAUUUGGACGAAGUUGUAGUUAUUGCCACUUCCAUGCACAGCAGUUUCAAAAUUUCCAACCUUUCCACCAGAUGCUAAUGACAAAAAACUGCAAUUGUAUCUCUAUAUCAACAGUUUCCAUGACAAUCCGUGUACUAAACACGGGUUUAUGUUUCAGGAUAAGUGGUUUAUAUUUUUGUCUAUACAAAGGGCAGCCCGGUGCACAAAACAUCCAGCGUUCACGUAGGGUCCGAUGAAGGGCCGCACUCCAAGAGGGUCUGAUGUAGGCCGACUACUCUGUAACCUGUUUGCUCUCUUUUUGUACCAAAGUGGACUUUUGUUGCCAGAAUUUGCCGUUUGGGCGGAAAAAGAAGUGGUUUAGGUAUUGUUCGCGAAAGUGGUCCAUUCUGUAAUUGAAGCUAAUGAAAUCUUUCGUGUUGUUAGAAUUAGAAUUAGUAUCA